CCUUCGCUGGUGACGUUUAGGGAGCUGUUCGGAGCUGGAGGUGCUGCAGGUCGCUGUCUGCCGUCCGUAGCUCAAUCUCAUGCUAACAGGAUUGGGGCAGGGAAGAAAGGACCAGUUUGUACAUCGGCAAAGGCUGGAAGCUGCUGGGACUUAAUGGCAGAGACUUAAAACGGGCAAAUGUCAAAAGAAGGAGUCUGACGAGCGUGAAGAAAGCCAGCAGGCACAGGGCCAGCGGGGUUGCUCCCUCUUACACCACUCACGCAUCAGCUUCAAUGGGACUUACUCCAGUAAUGCCAUGUGGGGCAGCAUUGUAAGAUGUAAGAGCUGUGGUACAGAUCAGGUGAAAAUCCCAAGCAAUAAGGUGCCUAGAGAUAAGUAAUUUUCACAAAGAUCCUGCACUACAUUAGCAGUGACAACACUAUAUCCCUGUUUCCAAAGAAUGGAAAUUAAAUGACGAAUGGUUGGCUGCUUCUGGGCAUUUUCUUCAAGGAACAAUCUCCUGUGAUUCUGCAGUUGUAUAGGUUGAUGUCUUCCUUCCUCUUGACAAAUUCUUACACGAGCUACUCAGUGUCAGAUUGAAGCAACUAUUUCCAGUAAAACUACCACAUGACACAAUUCAAAAAUGGGAAUAGAAAAAUUGGAAAAGCAUCAUUGCAGCAGUUGGAUUUAUUUUUCGAGUCUUAUGUUUUGAAUCGAUAUUGCUGUGGUGAUAUUUACAAAAUGGAAAAGUGAAAUGCCUGGGAACUAGACCAUAUAUCAUGCCCUCCCUUGAAGAAUUGUGAUUGGAUGGUGCAGUCACACCAUGUAGUAGGAAGUGAGGUGUUGUCAUCAGUGUGUUGCCAUGGUUUUGUAUACAUAUCCCUUUCCCAAUGGCUUCUUAUGGGGUCUGCACUCUUUUUCCUGGGCUCUUAUUUUCCCAACUUUUUGGUUCGCUGACAGACUUGUGGCAUCAUUUCUCCACACGACCUAUGAGAAGCGCCAGAGAUCUGGAGAUCCCUGUUAUUUUCGUGUACUUUGUGUUAUUAUCACCACUCCCAUCUAUUUAGCCUUACUCUUGGCUUCCUUGCCUUUUGCCUUGAUUGGGUUCUUCUUCUGGGCCCCCCUUCAAUCAGCCAGAAAGCCAUACUGUUACUCCAGGCUAAGGGACAAAGCUCAGAGCAAUGGGGCUAUUCUGUCCACAGAAUGGAAAGCAACGAGCUCUGCUAAAAGUUUCUGCUUCUGCAGUGCCAAUGUAUGCCUGUUACCAGAUUCCUUGGCAAGAUUUAAUAACCUUGCUGACACUCAGGGGAGAGCCCGUGAAAUUGGGCGACGUAUCCGGAAUGGAGCAAGCAGGCCACAGAUUAAGAUAUACAUAGACUCACCAACAAAUACAUCUAUCAGUGCUGCAAGUUUCAGCAGUUUAAUAGCACCACAAGGCAGUGAGGGGGCUAAUCGAUCUGUUAGUAUUAGCAUGAAGAGAACAACCUCAAUGGAAUACAAAGAGGAAAACACUGGAUCCAACAAUAUUGAAGAAAAUCGGGAAGCCAAAUCAGGGGGAGAACAGCAUGAGGGGAAGGAUAAUGCAGUCAUUGUACGUAUUGGUGCAGAGGACACUGGGGCAUUGUCUGAUGCAGAAACAGAUGCAUCUGUUGUUCAAGUAGCGAUUAGUAGCUCUACAGAACAUGGUAUGGAAAACAAAGCAGAGGACCAAAAGGGUCAGAUGUCAAACCAUAGACCAAAAGAAGCAGAUACAGGGAGCCUCGACAGCCAUAGCACCUCUCCAGAAUCUGUGGUAAAAUGUCGUGUUGGAGAUGGAGUAACGGACUCCAGUAUCAUCAAUAACAAGUUAGUUUACAAGACCUCAUUUGCCAAGAAAACUGCAGGUAGGAAAAAGAAGCACAUGGAUGAGGCCUUUGACCAUGAGAUCUCAGCUUUCUUUCCUGCCAACUUGGACUUUCUGUGCCUGCAGGAAGUAUUCGACAAAAGAUCAGCUGAAAAGUUGAAAGAUCAGCUCCACCAGUACUUUGAGUAUAUUUUGUAUGAUGUUGGAGUCUAUGCCUGCCAAGGCUGCUGCAGCUUUAAGUUUCUUAAUAGUGGCCUAUUUUUCGCCAGCCGCUACCCAAUUCUGGAUGCGGAUUAUCACUGUUUUCCUAAUGGGAAAGGCUCUGACUCCUUAGCAGCUAAGGGGGCCCUGUUUGCCAAGGUACAAGUGGGGACCACACCUCAGGACCAAAGAAUUGUUGGCUAUGUGUCCUGCACGCAUUUGCAUGCUCUGGCAGGGGAUGCUGUGGUCCGAUGUGAGCAGCUGGAUUUCAUUCAAGAGUGGAUGACAGAAUUCCGAAAAAGUACCUCUUCAUCCAGCAUAGCUAAUCCAGAAGAAUUAGUAGCCUUUGAUGUGCUUUGUGGGGACCUGAACUUUGACAACUGCUCAGCUGAUGAUAAACUUGAGCAGCAACACAGUCUGUUCACUCAUUACAAGGACCCAUGCCGUCUCGGCCCUGGUGAGGAAAAGUCCUGGAGUAUUGGUACCCUUCUGGACCCCCAGGGACUUUAUGAUGAAGAGGUGUUUACUCCAGAAAACUUGCAGAAGGUACUGGAAAACGAGGAGGGGAGGAAAGAGUACUUGGUGUAUCCCACUGGUAAGAAUCACGUAGCCAGUGAAAAGGGCAGAAAAGUGCCACUGAAAGGUAGUGGGAGGAGGAUUGACUACGUAAUGCAUAAAGAAGAAGGUCUCAAUGCAGAAUGGAAAGUGGAAGUCGAGGAGUUCAGUUUUAUUACACACUUAGCUGGCUUGACUGACCACCUGCCAGUAGCCAUGCGUUUAAUGGUAUCGACAGGAGAAGAGGAACAAUAAGCAUAUUCUAGAAUGGAUAAAAAACAUUAUCAUCGAUUCUGUGUUUGAUGCACAUAUUUCCAGCAUCAGGACAAAUCAGGGGCAUUUUUUCAUUACCCUGUUGCCAAGACAUAACAGGAUUGAGGGAUAUAUUCUUAUUCUUUCAAGUGUAGCGGCUUUCAGAGGCUUCAGACCAUUACAUCAGUAAUGUCAGAAUGCAGACUGAUGACUGGGGCCAUUUGGAAUCGGUUUCACUAGCUGCCCUAGCAAUAAGGCUUGGUUGAGCAUGCUUACUGGGAUGAUGGCAGAAAACUAGGAUGGUCACUUUACAAACUGGAACUCCUGUUAAAUCCGUGCCAUUUGUUUGAAAUAAAAAAUCCUUUUUUAUACUUCUAUAUAGCACAAUUAUGUUUGUAACCAGUCUGUGGUUGAAUAUUACAUUUCUUUUGCAAAACUUUGUAUACCUUUAUCAGUAAAACUAAACAACGGGUUUUGCUUUUUUUUUAAAAAAAAAAAUGUAAGAUUUUUAAAGCCUUUUCAGUGUUGUAACCUGCAUGUCUGCUGUACCACAAGCAUAUACUAAAGCUGCAUGUCACAUUAUUACAAACAAAAAUCAAAAAAAUGAGAGGCAAUCUUACAAAAUAAGUGAAAAAAAAGAAAAAAAAAAUAGGAUGCAAACUCUAUAUUUCUUAAUGACUUCGUAAGAUCCUUUCAGCUUUUCUUUUUUGUGUAUGUGUAAAAGAUCACAGAAAUAACAUCCUACAAAUUAUGGACUUUUCAAACACUUUUCUGUAUUUCUUUUCUUUUUUUUUUAAUAAUUAUAAAGUAUGAUUGUCUGUGUUCAACAUUAAGUAUACUGAGAAUGACACAGAAAGCAUGGAAUGGUCUAAAUGGAAACUACAUUCAGAAGCCACACAAAUGCAUGUUGAUCUUUUUCUAAUAACACCACAUGCAUAUUUACAUGCGUAUGUAUAAAUAUUCUGCUUGCUACUGCCCAUUAUAAGGGAAGUUCCUUUCUCCAAAUGUUGCUCUUCUUUUCCUAGGAGUUACAAUUGGGCAGGAUUUGUAGGGUACUAUCAUUUUUUCUUCAUUCCCAUAACCAUUAGUUUGCUGUGCUGAAUUAAAUUCCCUUCCUCUGUCCGCUCACUCUAUCCUUACCCUGUGUACCCUAAUGCUACUACAAUUGGGGCAUAUCUUGCAGUAACCACUCACCAUGUGGGUCACAUGCUUUCAAACAGAAUUAGCCUCUUGCCUGUUCCACCAUUGGUGUCCUGUGAAAGGGGAGUGCAACAAACAGAUGGAAACACUGUCAUAUUGGGGACAACAACUUGAAGCAGGUAAGAAAACUAGGCCUACUCCCAGCACAUUAUGGCUAAGUGCAUUGGCUGAGGGCAUGAAGCAGUGAGGCAUUAUAAAAAAGCACCCUAUUUCAUUGUUGGGAAUGUUUAUCUUUCCUGAUCUCUGCCCACUUGCCUCCCUUCUAGUUAACAGUAUUCUGAACUCCCAGUCUCCACCAAUAGCAAGCAGUGACAUGCAUCCUUAGCAUAAUUUUCUCCUCUCUUCCCCCAGAGAGGUGAGGAGGCUAAUGUCUCAUCAUUCUUUUUGCCCUCCACCAUAUCAGCUCCCUCACCCAGGCUACUAGUAAAGCCUGGGUCACCUGGGUUGUAAUUAGAGCUUCAUCCAGUUAGGUGCCUUUUUAAUGUCCCAGUAUGUCCCCAAGACCAACUGUUCUACAGUACACACUACAACAGGUGCACAUGCAUGCACAAUGAAUACACAUAAUGCACAGAUGACUGUCAUUGAGCCUUAGAUUUUUCCAGGACUUCUUUAUAAUAUACUUGCAAACCACUUUCCAGGGGAAGCAUUGCCUCUGACUGCUUAUUCCCACACAUCCUGUACCUUUACUUCCCCCAGUGAUGCACUAAAUCGGCUAUUCAGUCUUGCUCACUGGUUGUCUUGAACCAAGGGCAUCUGGGAGCAAAGCAAGAGGCCAUAUCAUAAAUUGGUACUUUGGUUUAAUUUUCUUAACUUCUAGAAGAAUUCUAGAAAAUGGUAGCAAACAGAAAACAGUACAUAAAAUCUGAAUGUUUAUUUUCUGAAAGCAUUACAUUUUCUAAACAAAAACAGAAAAUUCUUGGCAUACAUAAAUAGUUAAAAAGUCAGAAUUAAGAAAGAAAGAAAGAAGCAUAUUUUAAUAUUUUUUGGGCAGUAAACAUUUUUUCCAUCUUGUUAUAUAAAGAAUCUAGUACAAACAUACAUUUCCAUCACAGAAAAACCUUUUUAUUAUCAUUGCAGCAGUGCUAUCAUACUGCAGUCUUUAAAAUCAGUGAAAAAAUCUGAAGACAGGUACAAAUGUAUAAGUCAGACCCCAAAUUUGGCUGACAGAAUUGUUGAUACAGAACCAAAUUCCUGUUUUUCUGUAAUACAAUCUGCCAAGAUGCUAUGCUUUUUAAACUUUUAUUUCACUAUGUUAUAUGUUGCUGCUUUACCUUUUUAGGCUGUUUUUAAUAAACUUGUCACGUUUUUGGCA